AUGUUGUGGAGUGAAGGUGUUCGUACUUUUGACGUAUGUAGAGGUCAACAAUUUAACUUAAAGGCAAUGUUGUUAUGGAUAAUCAAUGAUUUUUCAGCUUAUGGAAUGUUGUCUGGAUGGAGUACUCAUUGUAUCCAUGAAUGGCCGAUAUGUAUGAAGAGUUCUAAUUCAUUUCACCUUAAAUUUAGUAAGAAGCCAUGCUAUUUUGAUUCUCAUAUACAGUUCUUGGCACAAGAUCAUCCAUAUAGAGUCGAUACAGAUCAUUUUUUACAUGGGAAGACCGCCAUAAACCAAAUGCCUUCUAGGCCUACAGGUGUCGAACUAUGGAAUGUUGUCUCAGGAAUGAAGUUUGCAUUUAAAGACCCUGAUGGAUAUCCACCAAGUUAUGGAGUAUCCCAUAAGUGGACGAAGAAGAGUAUUUUCUGGGAGUUGCCAUAUUGGGGAAGUUUUCUCAUAAGACACAACAUUGAUUUUAUGCAUGUGGAGAAAAAUGUAUUUGAGAAUAUAAUCAACAUUGUGAUGAAUGUUAAGGGGAGGAAAAAUGACAAUAUUAAUGCUAAGAAAGACAUAUUCUUGCUUUGCAACCGUCUAGAGCUUCACAUAGACCCACAAAGCGGGAUGAAUAGGAGUAAGGUUGUGUACACUUUAACAAGAGAUGAUAACAAAAUUCUUUGCGAGUGGUUGAAGGGUUUGAAAUUCCUAGAUGGAUACACAUCCAACUUAUCACGAUGUGUAGAUAGAAGUGGUUGUAAGUUGAUCGGUCGAAAGAGCCAUGACUGUCAUGUUUUCCUAGAAAGACUUUUGCCAAUUGCUUUUAAAAAAUUUCUCCCCAACUUUGUAUGGGCCACACUAACAGAUUUAAGUAAUUUUAUGCAUGACCUAAGCUCUACCACUUUGUCGAAAACUAGUAUGGAUAACUUGGAACUUGCGGCUCCGGUUAUUCUUUGUAACUUAGCAAAGAUAUUUCCACCAGCAUUCUUCGACUCAAUGGAGCACCUCCUCGUGCAUUUAACAUACGAGGCAAAUGUUGGAGGACCAAUUCAAUAUAGAUGGAUGUAUCCUUUCGAACGUACAUUUUGCCAGUUGAAAGAAGGAUUACAGGUUGCAUCAAUAGAUAGAGAAUUCGCCACUUGGUUCCGAUGUCAGAUUCUUGAAGAAAAUGAACAUAAUACAACAAGGGAUUCAAGUGACUUACUAUAUUAUGUUUCCUAUGGGCCACUAAUACCUGCUACCUCUAUUCCCAUAUAUUUUGUUAAUGAAUAUGUUUGGAGGCCAACAUAUUACGAGUCUAAUAGAUCAUCCAUGAAUAGUGGUGUAUGUGUCAAAGCAAAUGAUGCGAAAUACUAUGAACGGCUAGAAGAGAUCAUACAACUUCAAUAUCCAGGACCGUAUAUGGGUGUUGUCUUAUUUAAGUGCAUGUGGUUUAACCCAACAAAGGGCACAAGAAUGAACGUGAACUAUAGACUUGUUGAGGUCAACAUGAAGCGAAAGUAUCUUAGAUACGAUCCAUUCAUUCUAUCACAACAAGCCAUACAAGUGUACUAUAGUCCAUAUCCAAGUGGAACAUCGAGACAAUCCUCUUGGAUGUUCGUAUAUAAAACCAAGGCUAGAGGAAAAGUGGAGGAUUAG